AUGUACGCAAAGGACCCGAACGAGAAAAAGGUGAACCUGGGUAUUGGAGCGUACCGCGACGAGCACGGCAAGCCGUGGAUUCUGCCGGCCGUGCAGCAGGCGAACCACGAGUACCAGCCGAUCUCGGGCUUCCCGCCGUUCAACGCGGCGGCGUGUCGUCUGCUGUUUGGCGAGGACGCGGCGUCGAUCAAGGAGGGCCGGCUCGUGGUGAACCAGACGAUCAGCGGCACGGGCGCGAACCACCUCGGUGCCAUGUUCCUGCACCACUUUUACCCGUUCCCCAACGGCGAGAAGAAGAUCUACGUGACGGACCCGUCGUGGCCGAACCACUUUGCGAUCUUCAAAGCGGCGGGCGUGACGCCGGCCCUCUUCCCGUACUAUGAUGCGCCGACGCGCUCGCUCGCCUUUGACAGGAUGAUGGGCGCGCUGCGCGACAUGCCUGACGGCUCGGUCGUCUUGCUGCACGCGUGUGCGCACAACCCCACGGGCGUGGACCCGACCGAGUCGCAGUGGCGCGAUAUCGCGGAGGUGUUUGCGAAGAAGCGCCUGUUUGCCUUCUUUGACUCGGCGUACCAGGGCUUUGCGUCCGGCGACCCCGCGAAGGAUGCCUUUGCGGUGCGCCUGUUCGAGUCGCGUGGCGACAUUGCGAUGCUGGUGUGCCAGAGCUUUGCGAAGAACGCCGGCCUGUACGGCGAGCGCAUCGGUGCGCUGCAUGUGCUCACGGGCUCGCCGGAGCAGGCCCAGGCCGUCAGCAGCCAGCUGAACCUGAUCACCCGCAGCGAGAUGAGCACGGACCCCGUGUACGGCGCGCGCAUCGUCCACAAGAUUCUCACGGAGCCCGAGCUGCGUGCCGAGUGGAACCGCAACAUCCAGACCAUGUCGCAGCGCAUCAUCUCGAUGCGCCACGCGCUCUUCGAGCAGCUGACGCAGCGCCUGAAGACGCCCGGCACGUGGAACCACAUCGUCGAGCAGACGGGCAUGUUCUCGUUCCUGGGCAUCGACGAGGAGCAGUGCCACCGCCUCGUGACGGAGGGCCACAUCUACCUCGUCAAGACCGGCCGCAUCAGCAUGGCCGGCCUGAACCCCGGCAACGUGGCGUAUGUCGCGGAGUGGAUCGACCGGGUCGUCCGGGAGCGCGCGAAUCUGUAG